AUGGCUUUCAAUGACUUAGUGGUAUUCGGGGCCUUACCAUGUCUAGCACGACUCUGUACAAAAGAAAUACCGGAAGACAUCAGGGCAUCGGCCGCGGAAACAUUAGCAUACUUGGCUGAGGUUGACACUUCUCUCCAGCGAUUAGCAGCGAUAUCCAACCACCUGAUGAGCUCGCUAGCGGACAUCGUGAAUUGCGCAAGCCCUGCCGCGAAGCAGGGCGCCUUCAAGUGCUUCGCGUCGCUCGGCGCCAACGAUGAGGACAUCAGGAAGAGGAUCAUUGAGACGCACGGCCUCAUGGUGCACAUUGUCAAUGGGAUGAACAAUCCUGAACCGGCUGUGAGACUAGCCGCUGUGAGGUGCCUGCAUUCACUUUCAAGAUCAGUGCAACAGCUACGGACAACAUUUCAGGAUCAUGCCGUGUGGAGGCCGCUGAUGCAGCUGCUAAGUGACUCUCCCGGCACAGAACUGUUGACCGUGGGCUCGUCGACACUGUGCAACCUCUUGCUGGAGUUCUCGCCCGCCAAAGAGCCAAUGUUAGAUCAAGGUGCUGUAGAAAUGCUGUGUAAUUUAACGAAAAGGCCAGAAGCGGCUUUGAGGCUAAACGGAAUCUGGGCACUAAUGAAUAUGGCUUUUCAGGCGGAACAAAAAGUGAAACAGCGAAUCCUGUGCUGCUUAGGCACAGAACAAAUGUUCCGAUUACUAGGCGAUAGCGACACGCGCGUAAUUAUGAAAACUUUAGGGUUGCUAAGAAACCUUCUCUCCACGCGGCAGCAUAUAGAUGCCAUCAUGAGCGAAUACUGCUCGCAGGUUAUGCAGGCUGUGAUAGUAGUCCUGGAGGGCUCGUACCCGGCGGAGGUGAAGGAACAGGCGCUGUGUAUCCUGGGCAACAUCGGCGACGGCGAGAAGGCCAAGGACCUCAUCAUGGCCAACGAGGAUGUGCUGAGGAAGCUCGUCGAUUACUUGGCGCACCCCGAGAGCAAACUCCAAGAGGCAGCGUUAUUCGUGGCCGGCAACCUGGUGUGGCGCGGCGAGGCGGGCGCGGCGGCGCGGCAGGCGCGUCUGGCCGACCUCGGCGUGCUGCGCGCGCUCAAGCUGCUGCGGGCACGCCAGGACGCCGCGCACCUGCACGACAAGGUAAAAACCGCCUUAGCGCAGUUCAACGAGUUCCCAUAAUAACGCGGGCCCGCCGGCGCUGUCGGCUGCGGCGGAAGUGACUCGGCGAAGUGUUGCCAGGCGGUAGUGUUGCCAGGCGGUAGUGUUGCCAGUGCGAAUAUUUGUUAAGUGACAGGUAAACAUUGUGAUUAGUUUACGUUUAUUUUGUUUUGAAAUGUUAUAUUGAAAUUAAUACUUUUUAUUCGUG